AUGAGCGGGCGGAAGAUCUUUGUGGGGUCUUUGCCGGAUGGCGUCUCCGAGGCGACGCUCAGGUCCACGUUCCAGAGCUACGGCCAGAUCGAGGACGGGACGGACACAUAUAUAAAGCAGGGCUGUGAGCCAGGCAGGCAGUGGGCCUUCAUCACUUUCGCCACGGCGGAGCAGGCCAUGUCCGCCAAGGAGCAGUGCGACCGCGCCCUCACCUUCCCCGGCAUGGACCGCCCCUGCGACGUGAUGGUGGCCAGGACGGAAUCAGGGGAUGUAUGGCCAGCCCUCAGAAGGCGGUGGAGGCGGUGGAUCUUGGCACCAGCAACAGGCCGCGCCUGCGGCGGCCGAGGGCCCCAGGAAGAUCUUCGUGGGGUCGCUGCCGGACGGCACGACGGCGGAGCAGCUGCAGAUCGAGUUCUGCAAGUAUGGCGUGAUCACCGACACGUACCUCAAGGAGGACCGGGCUGUGAGCCGGGGCGGCAGUGGGCGUUCGUCACCUUCUCGUCGGGCCACGAGGCCCAGCUUGCCAAGGUGAGCACCGACCGCCUGCUCUUCAUGCCAGGGGCCGCCAGGCCCUGCGAGGUCACCCUCGCGAGGAAUCAGGGUAUGUACGGCCAGGGCCAGGAGCGCUGGGCGCCCUUUAGCUGUCGCCGCACCCGUGCAGGCUGCUCCUGGGCCGAGGAAGAUCUUCGUUGGCUCCCUUCCGGACGGCUGUUCGGAGCCAGGUGCUGCGGGCGGAGUUUAGCUCCUUCGGGCACAUCACCGAGGUGUUUCUCAAGCCGGGGUGCGAGCCAGGGCGCCAGUGGGCCUUCGUCACGUUCGCCGCGCCCGAGCAGGCCGCGCACGCGAAGGAGGCGACUGACCGCAUCCUGUUCCUCCCCGGGGCCCAGAAGGCGUGCGAGGUCAUGCUCGCGAAAAACCAGGGCAUGUACGGGCAGGACACUUCUGGUGGGAAAGGCGGAGGCGGUGGCGGUCACUACUCGCAGCCGGAGGGGCUGGUCCCCAAGUGGUUCCUCCGACGAUGGGCGGGUACGGCGGCAAGAAUGGCGGCGGGUAUGGCAAGGACGGUGGCGGCUAUGGAAAGGCGCCAGCGGGGCAGCCUCCUCCGCCCACCACGUGGAGCCGGCCCCGCUCGAGGUGUCCGCCCGGGCCCGACGCGUGGGCACGGACCCGGGCUGCGCGAGCGGCUGCCGGGAUUUCGCUCCACGCCCCUAUAUCUUCACCUCUGCCCCUUGGGCGUCGCCUCCGACCUCCUCCGCCCUGGACAUCGGAGCAAUGCCCGACGAGAAGAAGGAGAAGAAGGAGCGGACCGACGGCCCCUCCCGCGCCGACCUUCGCACCCAGCAGCCGGAGCUGGAGCAUGAGAGGAAGCGUAUGGCGGAGUUACUGGAGCCUGCCGAUCAGUCCGACAUCGCCGACUUGCGCCAACACAUCAAUGAGACAAAACAGGAGUUCAUGGGCGCCCUGGCCAAGGUCGAGGAGUCGAUGGGUGCCCUCUCCAAGUCCAUCAAACGAGGCUGGGAGUCGAUGGACCACAAGCUCGAGAGCCGCCUCACCGCCUUCGACGAGAGGCACUCAGCACAGGAAGCCAGGAUCGACGUCAUGGAGGCACAAAUCCGAUCUUUACAAGCGGCCCUUGAUGUUGUUAAGUCUGAUAAUCCAGUGCCUCCCCCCACCAGCAUCAAUUUCGACAGGGAGAUCGACCACUCCAUCCUCAUCUUCAGGACCAAGCUCUCCUCGACUCAGUCCGACGUGCUCGCCAGCCUGCAGGGUUGGCUCCAGCGCGCCAAUUUGGACCCAACGGAGUACGAGAUGGAAUCCGAGCCGACCACCACCAAGCACAUCAUGCGGAUCAAGGGCAGUCGACCCUAUGGUGCGCGGAAGGUACAACAGGCUUUGGGUGCUCUCCGCAAAGCCAACAAUGAAUGGGAACGGUUUUCUGUCCUCAGCGCUGGGAGUCAGCAGCAGCAGGAGAUCUUCAUCCCGCCAGAUAAGAACCAGGAGCCCGCAAUUUCCUUCUCGAAUGAGAACCUGGCGUACUUCGGCAUCUCCAAGCCGGCGCUCAGCGAUGCCAUCAAGGUUUGGCGUGCUACGAAGGACCCGAUCAUUAGCCCCAUCCUCUCCUCCAUGACCGAAAUCGACACCCCAGACCCCGCGCACUACAAUAAGGACCUGGGGACCCUGAACACCAUAGACAGGAUCCCUGUCUCGUUCCCAGGCUGGGUCUGCAACCAGGUGCACAUUAGUGGCCAGGUAGUCGAGUACCCUGAGGUCUUAUCCUCGAAGGGCAUCUCUGACCAUGCUCGGCUCGUGGUCGAGAUUGCGCGCAGCUUCCCCAUCCCAGCGAGGAGUUCGGUCCGCGAGCCGAUCUCCGUGACCUUCCGCCGCCCGCUCUCAGAGGCCUUCAGAGGUACGUGGACUCCCAGGUGCACUCCGCUCCAGAAUGUGCGGACCUUCACGUUUGCGGCGAACGAGCUGAUGUUCGCGUUCAUGUUCGAGGGCGGGAUCAUUCAGGGCUGCCCGGCCUCUGGGGCGCUCUAUGCGAUUGCGCCCCGCGCCUUCUUAGCCGACGUCGAUAAGAUACUCACUCCUGGAGCGGCCACUGGUUUCAUGGGAUCGCUCGAGCUUGUGCGGAUGACAUCGGGGCAGCACUACACGCGCUGGCUCAUCUUUGUCGACUGA